AUGAGGCCCGGGGCCGCGGGCUGCUCCGCGGGACUGCUGCUGGCUGUCGGCUGGCUGUUCCUGGCGGGCGUCCAGUCCGCGUGCGGGGCCAAUGUCACCGCCAUCCAGGAUCCCAGUUUGGCCCGCGCAGAAGGCGAAGGCGAAGGCGAAGGCGAAGGCAACGGCGAGGGCGAGGGCGAGAAGCAGUACGAGAACCUGUACGAGAACCAGAGCGAGAACCAGAGCGAGAACCGGAGCGAGAACCGGAGCGAGAACCAGAGCGAGGCGGAGGAGGCCGAGAGUGACACCGGGGAGCCUGAGCACAUCCCCCAGCCAGAAACCGAGGAGGAUAUUCGAAAUUUGAAAAUAAUCAGAAAAAUAGAAUAUGGGAUGUGCAGCGUUACAUGUGGUGUUGGUAUUAGAGAAGUUAUAUUAAGAAAUGGAUGCCCUGGAAGUGAAUCUAAGUGUAUUGUACGGGUGGAAGAAUGCCGUGGACCAGUAGACUGUGGCUGGGGUAAACCACUAUCAGAAAGUCUUGAUAGUGUCACACUUGCAUGCGUUCAUACAACUCCUGCAAAUCGCUUCACAUAUGUUUGGAAACAGCUAAGGCCAGAGCAGCAACCCAUUAUACUUGUAAAUGAUUCAGCAACCCUGGAAGUAAGAAGGCAAAGUCAUCCCUUGACUUUUGAGUGUGAUACCUUGGAUAAUGAUGAAAUAGUAGCAUCUAUUAAAUUCAUAGUCCAUACAUCAAAUGAGCUGCAGAUGGAAAGACCAAGACAACCAGACACUGAUGCAGCCCUGGUUUUUGUGCUGACCGUAGGAGUUGUUAUGUGCACAUGUGUAACCUUUGUAACGGUCUUCGUAAUUGUAAACUGGCCGGCAGUAAAGUCUUUCUGGGGAGCAAAAGCCUUGGCAACUAAGAUACCUUCUGAGAGGACUUCAUUGAAACCCAAAGAGUCAGCUUCUCUGGAACAAUCACCAGAAGAAUUAACUGGACAUCAAGAUGAUUCUUUCAAUGCAUGGACUGAAUGA